AUGGAAGACGAACAGAGGAAAGACGAGAAUGGCGAGUUCCUUGUCUUGAUUUGUGAGGGCAAGAAGUUUCAUGUUCGGAAAACCGCCCUAUUCACACAGUCCAAGGUUUUCCACACAGCUUUUACGGGCCCAUUUCAAGAAUCCUCUUCGAGAACUUACAAGAUGAGCGAGGAUUCUCUGUUCAUUGUCAACAAAAUGAUUGACUACUUUAAUAAUGGGGAUUACGAUGUUUCGGCAGUACCCGAGAUAGAAGAACAGAACAUAUCUGCGCUACAAUUUCAUGCAAGAAUGUUUUCUCUGGCAGACAAAUACGCAGUCGACAUCCUGCUAUCACUAUCAGCAGCGAAGUAUUUGGAUGAGCUUAGAAAUUCGGAAAUGGUUGAAUUCCUUGGAUCUAUUCCGGCUGUUUAUGAACUGACGCCAAGUUAUGUCAGAAAUCUUAGAGAUAGCCAUCAAGCACGCAAAGAUCAAUCUGCCGCAGGGUCUGGGAAACCCACCUGUUAG